CUGGCCAUCCUACUGUCCUGUCUUAUCUACCAGCAUCCCAUCUCAGUGGUUGGAGUAUUGGGAAUAGCCGUUGUGUUUUCGUCUCUUUUCUUGCGCAUCUAUUGCAACCAACGCAUCAGAGCACUCAGGCGACGCAUGCAGAACGGAUCCACCACGAAAGUUUAAAAUUAUUAGAAGCUUCUUUUUAUAAACUGUAUUGCUUUAAACCGAGCCUGACAAUGAUCUUUAUACUAGAAUCAAAACAGCUGUUACUCAAGAAUUUUGAAUCAACAAAUAUGGGAUCCAAAGCGGGAGAAAACCAAGAAAAAUCUUGCAGUAAUAAAGAGAAAUCUGUAAAUUCAGCUUUCGAGACCCGUUUCCAUCGUUUAUUGAAGAGCAACAUGCUCUGCGACUGUGAAUUUGUUGUGGGUGAGCAGAAAACUGUGAUUAAGGGACACAAGCUGCUAUUUUCUUUGGCCAGUGAAGUUUUUCAAGCAAUGUUCUGUGGAGACUUGAAGGAGACAGCCUCAGUUCAAGUUAUAGACUUGGAACCGGAAGGAUUCAAUGGUAUGAAAACAUACAUAUACACCGGUGAGAUCAAGUUUACAUCAGUCUUCCACGCUCUACACACUCACACCGCUGCACGUAAAUACAUAAUCCCAAACCUGCCACAAAAAUGUGUGGAUUUUAUUGAGAAAACACUGAAACCAUGCGACGUUUUAGAGUUACAAGACACUUGUAGGAUUAAUUGCAUUUCUGACUUCGACAAUCUGUGUAGUAGAAUUAUAAACCAGAAUACAGGGGAGGUUUUUAGUAGUGCAUACUUUCCAUCUGCAAGUAUAGAUGCGGUUGAGUCCAUCUUGAAAUCCUCCUCUCUAAAUGUCAAGUCUGAAGUGGAGAUUUUCAUAAAUUUCGAGCGAUGGGCUUCGGCUGAGAUUGAGCGACGUAAAGCUCCAACCGAAGAUGUGGCUAUGUGUUUUAACAAUCUCAAAAAACACAUUCGGUUCCUGACAAUGAGUGGGGAGGAAUUUGUAGAGAGAGUUGAACCAUCACCGCUUCUGACCCGUGAAGAGAAGUAUGCAAUUGCUAUUAAUAAAAUGAAAUUGAAUCCAAGGGUGACCGCUGAGAGUAUAUCAAUGAUUCAGGAGCCACGAGCAAUGGAUUUUAAUAUACAUUAUUAUAAGCACAAGAUAAUAUGCGAGGUUGUGAAUAAUAAGUUUGAAACCAAAUAUCUUAGUAUUGUACCUCGAAGAAAUAUUAAUCACUAUGAAAUCGAAAUACGUGUUGAGUGUAUUAAUUCUGCUCGAUCAAUCGAACUUGGAGUGUCAUUGAAUGGUGAAAUAUAUGACAUGUAUGAUGAUCAAUAUAUGCACCCUGGCUCUGGAGAAAAAAAAGUGAUGAUCAUAGAAUCAAAAUUCAGUGUACUUUCUGUGAGAAAUUGCAAUGAUCUAUCUCUCCGGAAUCAGAAUGAACGUGUUGAACAAGUUCUGCAUUUUCAAUACAUUGAGGAAGAUGAUUAUUAUCACAUCAAUAGCAAAUUUCCAUUGUUAACAAUACAGAAAGACAGUCUGAAUGCUAAUCAUUAUUUUAGAGAUGCUCAUGGAAGGAAUGUGAUCAAAAUUGAAGCAUUGUUUUCAUUUACAUUCGAUGGGAUCGAAAUUGAAGCUUAAAGUCUUCUGUGAUCUUGGAAAUCCAGAUUUCUUUGUUCGAUUCUAUCCACAAAAAUCCAAUUUGUGUGAAUGAUUAUGAAUCCUGUUCGGAGGUUUUAAGUUGAGUUUAGGUUUUGGGAGUUGAGAGAUAAGGUUUUUUCGUAACAGUUUCAUGAACAUUUUUUUCGAAAAAAGGACAAGUAUGAUUUUGAGAAUAUUUGUGUUUUGAUGUUAAACUACUCAUGGAAUUUUUUUGGAUUGAUGGUAUUAUUUACUUUGUUGGAAAGAAGAAUUUUUAAUUUUGUAACAUGAAGAAAAAUAAAAAUUAACUUAAAUGGAACUC